AUGCUUGGUGGUAGCGUACUCUGGUUCCGCCACGGAUUGAGGCUCCACGACAACCCCUCAUUGCACUCUGCGCUCGAAGAGAAAGGGUUUCCAUUCUUCCCUAUCUUCAUCUUCGAUGGAGAAACUGCAGGUACAAAAGUGGUGGGCUACAACCGUAUGCGGUACCUCUUGGAAGCUCUGGAUGACUUGGACAAUCAGUUCAAGAAGCAUGGUGGCCGGCUCAUCAUGUUGAAGGGAAAGCCUAAUGUCGUGUUCAGGAGACUUUGGGAGGAAUUCGGUAUCCGCAAGCUCUGCUUCGAGCAGGAUUGCGAGCCAGUGUGGAGGGCUCGUGAUGACAGCGUGAAGAAUGCCUGCAAGGAGAUCGGCGUCGUCUGCAAGGAACACGUCUCUCAUACUCUGUGGGAGCCUGACACCGUCAUUAAGGCCAAUGGCGGCAUACCACCUCUUACUUAUCAAAUGUUUUUGCAUACGGUGGCCACCAUUGGCGACCCUCCGCGUCCAGUCGGCGAGGUAGAUUUCACAGGAGUCAAGUUUGGCAGCCUACCCGAAUCCUUUUACAACGAGUUUACCGUCUUUGAUAAGACUCCAAAACCGGAAGAUUUAGGAGUAUUCCUAGAAAAUGAAGACAUCCGAAUGAUCCGCUGGGUGGGCGGAGAGACCACAGCCCUUAAACAAAUGCAGCAGCGUCUGGCUGUGGAAUAUGAGACCUUUCUCAGGGGUUCAUAUUUACCAACGCAUGGCAACCCUGACUUGUUGGGUCCACCCAUUUCCUUGAGUCCAGCGCUGCGGUUCGGAUGUCUCUCUGUCAGGAGCUUCUACUGGUCAGUACAGGACUUGUUCCGUCAGGUGCACCAAGGACGUCUCACCUCUAAUUCUGCUUCCCAUUUUAUUACCGGCCAAUUGAUUUGGCGUGAAUAUUUCUACACGAUGAGCGUGAACAACCCUAACUACGGCCAGAUGGCUGGGAACCCUAUCUGCUUGGAUAUCCCUUGGAAGACUCCAGCUGGAGAUGAACUGCAGAGAUGGACGGAAGGUCGCACCGGGUUUCCGUUCGUGGACGCAGCGAUGCGCCAGCUCCGUACCGAGGGCUGGCUGCACCACGCCGCGCGCAACACUGUCGCGUCCUUCCUCACUCGCGGCACUCUCUGGCUGUCCUGGGAACAUGGGCUCAAUCACUUCUUGAAGUAUCUGCUUGAUGCUGAUUGGUCUGUGUGCGCGGGCAACUGGAUGUGGGUGUCGUCGUCGGCGUUCGAGGCGCUGCUGGACUCGGGCGAGUGCGCGUGCCCGGUGCGGCUGGGCCAGCGCCUCGACCCCAGCGGGGAGUACGUGCGCCGCUACGUGCCCGAACUGGCGCGCAUGCCCGUCGAAUACAUUUAUGAACCAUGGAAGGCUCCUAUCGAUGUGCAGGAGCGCGCCUCCUGCAUCAUAGGCAAAGACUACCCAGACCCAGUCGUCAACCAUCUUGUGGCCGCCCAGAGGAACAGAAAUGCUAUGAAGUGGUUGAGCCGCUCAGUUGCCGGCCGACUGCAGAAGGACAAGUGGUUCGAUAUAGUCGGGGAACUUCGUCAUAUUUUGCAAAAAGCUCCUCCACACUGCUGCCCCUCCUCAGAAGACGAGAUCCGACAAUUCAUGUGGCUCAACGAAUAA